AUGGCAAAAAAUCAAAUCAAUCCAACAACAGAUAAUAAUAAUUUCAAUUUGAAAACCAUAUUUCGUCGUGAAAAAUCAAUGGAAUUUGAAACAUCAUCUUUAAUGGAUAAUAAUCAAUUUGAAGAUGAACAACAAUCAAAGAAAAAAUGUAAAAAUAUUAAAUUAGAAAAUAUUGAAACAUUAAAUGAUAAUGAAAUAUCAGAUGAAGAUGAAAUUCUUCCAAAUAAUAAUGAAAUGACAAUAGCUGACAUAUUGGCAUUAAGACAAAUUGAAAAUUCAACACAAAUGAAUAAUACAAUAAAAAAUUCUAAACAGAAAGACAUAGAAGAUAAUGACAUCAAUGAUCAUAACAAGUCAGAAUCUACACUAUUUAGUUCAGUUCAUAAUCGUCACAUUCCAUUAGAAAUAAAUAAAAUUCCAUUAUCAGUUAAUAAUGAUGUUGUAUCAAAACGUCCAAAACGUUAUCAAUUUCCACGUGUAUUUACCGGUGAUGAUUUUUCAAGUGACAAUGAUAAUGACAAUAAUAAAUUAGAAAUAUUAAAUAAUAAUUAUAAUCAAUCAAAUGAGUUUAAUUAUGAUUUUCAAAUAUCAUCGGAUACAAAUUCACAUAAUACUAUACGAAAAACGAAACAUGAUGUCAAACGUUUUGUUAUGUAUAUUGAUGAAAAAUUUAGUGAAAAAUGUCAAUUACAUAAAAUUAAACCAGAUAUGUUAUGUAUAUAUUUGAAACAUUAUUUUGAAAAUACAAAAAAAUUUGAUGGUACCGAUUAUGAACCGGAUACAUUACGUAGUUUUCUUUUAAGUGUUGAACGUUAUUUAAAAUCAAAAAAAUAUGAAUAUAAUCUAAUGGAAUCAUCUAUAUUUCAAUCAUGUAGAAAUGUUAUAUUAGUUAAACGUGAUCAAUGGCGAAAAUUAGGUAAAACAACAUUUCAAACAAAUAUUGACAUAUUUAAUAUCAAACAUGAAUUAAUAUUACGUGAAAAAAAUUUAAUAAAUCGUGAAACACCAGACGGUUUACUAUUAGAAAUACUUAUUAAUAAUUCAAAAUAUUUUGAUCAAAAAUCAACGACAUUAUCAACAACGAAUAAUAAUAAUGGAUUUGAAUCAACAGUAAAUAAAUCAUUAUUAUGGGGAGAUAUUGAAUUAAUUAAUGAUGAAUAUUUAGAAUAUAAUAGAAAACAAACAAAAUUAAAUGAAGGAAAUUCAUGUAAUAAUACAACAUCUUCAUCAUCAAAUAUAAUACAUCCACGUGCCUAUGCUAAUCCUGCUGAUUUAUCUAAGUGUCCAGUACAAGCCUAUAAAAUGUAUACAUCUCAUCGUCCACAACAAUCAAAUACACUUCAAUCACCAUUUUAUCUUGUACCACGUAUAUCAAAUUUUCAACGUGUUUGGUAUAAAACAAUGGCAGCUGGUAAACAUCGUCUCGAUCAAUUAUUACAAAAUUCUAUGUCACGUGCCGGUAUACAAGGAAAAUUUCAAUUGAGUUCAAUGAAAAAAGUAAAAAGUAAAGACAUACUUCCAUCUUUACCAUUAUCAACAACAAUUGAGAAUGAAUCACUACCACUCUCUGUUAUAAUACCAUCAGGUACACAAUUUGAAGAGAAAGAUAGUCCUUCUUGUAAACAUCUAUCAAAACGUAAACGACAUAAUUCUCUUCUAUCUAUUGAACAACCAUUAAAUUUAUGUUUAAAUAAUACUGAUGAUGAUCAAAAAAGUUUAUCAUCUUCAACAUCAUCUUCAUCAUCAACAUAUUCAACGAAUGAUUGUAAUAAUAAUAGUAAAGAUGAUUUAGUAAUAAAAAUAACAAAAUCAAAUAUCAAUGAUAGAACACCAUUAUUAAAUGGUUUAUUAAAAAUGUCGACAACAACAACAACAACAACAUCAACAGCAACAACGCCAACUGUUAAUAAUGAAACGACAAAUAAUUUUGCUGUUGUUAAAGAGUCAUCAUCAUCAAUUUCAAAACAAAACAAUGAAUUUAUUUGGGAUGAAAGUGUAACGUUGAUAUUGAUGUCGGUGGCAAAACAAAAAGAAAAUCGAAUACAGAAAAUAAAUACUUUAAGAACAUAUUUAGAAGAUAAAAUGGGUGUUGUAGAAUUUUUAUGUUUAUAUCGGCAUUUUAAAUCCGAACCAAAACUGACAUUUCAAAAUACUGUAUGGGAACAUUAUCAACGUUAUUUACCAGUUCUAUUUACAUUACUGACAUUAGACAAUACGACAAAUUAA